AAAAGAAGUUCAAAUUCAAAAGCUAAUGUUGACAAAAACACAACUCUCGUCAUGCAACAAACGCUCCUGCUAACACGUGCAGAACGCGAUGCAGGGAUCUACAAACAUUCGACGUCACGCGUUUGUUGUAAAGCAUAAAUAUUGACCUCAAACUCAUUCAACAUUCAACCGGCAACAGAAGCCUACAAAUUCAGAUCUUGAAGCCCUCAAGUCAAGAUGGCAACUGAGCAACCGACUUCCCAACAACGAGAAGAAGUCGCCCUGCGUCUUGAAGAUCUCAUCGAUGCCCUGAUUGAGCAUCCCCUGUGGCGCUCACCACCCAACCAAAAUCCCACACUCUUCUUCACGUGGGACUUUGUGAUGCGGUCCAAGUACAUGUUGAGCGAGUAUGAUAGCAUCCUAGCUGGACGUGCCGUUCAAUUUCCAAGCCAAUUUCAAGGAGGUGCAGGCUCGGGAGAGGCAGCGGCCGUGAAAGUGUUUCGGGAUGUUUGCAGUAGGACUGUCAUGCUUGAGAUGAUGGUGAAUGAUACGAGUGGAAGAACUGCCAUGAUGACAGGCAAUUCUGGUCCAGCAGUUGAUUUUGGUCAACGCGUCAAGGAUGCAGUGAAGGCAUUGAUGGAAGCUUGCCCUGAGGAUCAUGUUCUGGCUGGCAUGAUGGAUUAAGUCAUCUGACCUGGGAGGUAGCGGAGUUCUUUUGGCUUCCAUGUUGCGGGAAAGAUUCGCGUGCUCUGCCACGAUAUGGGAGCUCAAUCUUGCAUUUAGGCGUUAUGCCAGUCUGGUCUAGUGUGGCCAAACUCAGGCGCAUUUGCACUGAACCGAUGAACAAACAAUCUGUCUUUGCAUUGCUGUCCUCUUCUAUUUCAGGAAGUAACAUUUUUUCUUAUUACACUGGAAAAUCUUGAUAAGAUAUCCUUUCUCCCGAAAUUACUAUCUCGUCGGCUACCGCUUCUCUUGUGGCUUCUUUUGUUUGGCCGUGUUGC